GAAAAGACUGACUUGCGCUUCUUAUCCAUAAUGAUUGGCAAAACCGGGUGCAACUGCUGGGUUGGAAUUCCUAAAGCCUUCCCUUGGGUUGCCAACCAUAUCAGAGUGACAUGGUCACGUGAGAUUCAGAUAACAACUCUUGCCUAUCUCUUCCUGUCAUCUAAUAAUUCGUAACUUCGCACAACCACGAAUCAUCUUUACCCCCAAGAUGGCGGGACAGUACAGCCGGUUGUUGGACUUGGCAAAGGUACAUUAUGGCCAUAUUCUUGUCUUUUUGUAUCAUAACGGUUUUGAAUAUGACGGGUUAAUGAAACAGGUUCAAUGCCGGGUGUUCUCCAUGAACUUCAACCCCGAUGGGCUACGGCUUGGCAAUAAAGUUUUGCGACAGAGACUACGAGGCCCAACAUUAGCAUCGUGGUAUCCGAGGAAAGUCGUCUCUUUCCGAGAUCUACGAACAACAUGCAGCUCGCUGGGUCUGACAGCUUUUGACGAGGUCGAAGAUGACAGGGAAGAGGCUAUCCAGAUUGCGAAGUUGAGAGGGAAGGGGAGACCGAAAAAGAAACGAACGGCUGCAGAGUCCCGGAGUGCCAAGAAAAAGAAAUAA